CGUACGGUGGCCGCAGAGGUCAUUUCCAAUUAUUCCAGUGCUGGGGUGUUGGUUACUGGUCUGGAGAAGGAAGGUUUCCGGUAAAGGAGAGCAAUCCAUUGACCAACCCGACGCAGCAGGAGGUCGAAGUGCCAAAAUGCAGCCAGUGGAAUCCAUCCUACACAGUGGCUAUUUCCACCCCACCCUCAGAUACUGGCAGUCCUCUGCUUCGGACCUGAGGCCCGAGAACCUCAUUUACCCCAUUUUCAUCACGGACAGUCCUGAUGCUGUGGAGCCCAUUGCCAGUCUCCCCGGCCAGGCUAGAUAUGGAGUGAACAAAGUGGAGGACAUGUUGCGCCCCCUUGUGGAGAAAGGCCUGAAGUGUGUUCUGAUUUUUGGUGUUCCUGCUAAAAUACCUAAGGAUGAGCAUGGAUCUGCUGCAGACGCAGACGACACACCGGCCGUCUUGGCUGUGAAGAAGCUGAGAUCCACCUUCCCAGCCCUGCUGAUCGCCUGCGAUGUCUGCCUGUGCCCAUACACCUCCCACGGCCACUGCGGGAUUUUGCGAGAGGACGGGUCUUUGGACAAUGCGGCGAGCUGCAGGCGUCUGGCAGAAGUUGCCCUAGCCUAUGCACGCGCAGGCUGCCAAAUCAUCGCCCCAUCGGACAUGAUGGAUGGUCGAGUGGGUGCCAUCAAGCAAGCUCUGAUGCUCAAUGACUUGGGAAACAAGGUAUCUGUGUUAAGCUACAGUGCCAAGUUUGCAUCCUGCUACUAUGGUCCCUUUAGGGAUGCCGCCCAAUCGAAGCCAGCGUUUGGAGACCGACGGUGUUACCAGCUGCCACCUGGUGCGAGGGGGCUGGCACUGCGGGCAGUGGACAGGGAUGUCAAAGAGGGGGCGGACAUGCUCAUGGUGAAGCCAGGCUUGCCUUAUCUCGACAUUGUGAGGGAAGUAAAGGACAAGCACCCUACCCACCCCCUAGCCGUGUACAAUGUGUCCGGAGAGUUUGCCAUGCUGUGGCACGCGUCCCAGGCUGGGGCCUUUGACCUGCGCAUGGCUGUGAUGGAGUCCAUGACCGCCUUCCGACGUGCUGGUGCUGAUGUCAUAAUCACCUACUACGUUCCACAGCUGCUCACCUGGCUGAAAGAGUAGUUAGUGCACAGAUAUACAGGUUUGCAAGAACCAUGAACACAUGUUAGCAUUCUGUUCACUAUAGACUCGUACCAGAACAGCUCUCCAUGUUGACAGACAAUCACAUAAGCUGUGAGCUGCUUCCAAACUCUGUCCUGCAGUGGCAGGAAAAUCCAGUUCAAUGUGUAGCCAUUCCACCAUCCCCACCCCCCCAAAAAAAAAACAAAAAAACUGAGAAACAUUUCAAGUACUAAUAUUCCCAGUAUAUAAAAAUUUACUUUUAUCUUGUCUAUCUUUAUCGCUGUUGGAAUUCUUGGGUAUUUUUUUUUUACUUACCAGAGGUUCUUUGAAAAGGGCAAUGAUGUCUUGUUCCAAAAUUUCAUCGCUGUACCUACAUGUAUGCUGAAGUAUUCACAUUUGGCUUUGUGAUAAAUAGUAAAACCACUAACCCCCCCUUGUGAAAGGCCUACACUGUCAUGUAUUUUUUCAACCUAUUAAAUCAAUGUCCUUUUCAAAUAAGAUAUAAAAGGUUUUCAGUGGACCUGAAUAAAAAUGACUAAUCAUGAA